AUGACAGCGCUGCCCUCCCCAGCACCACCCCCGCGGGCAGGAGCCCCCCGCUCCCCCCCGGCUGAAACCCCCACCUCCGAUCGCUGCCACAGCAGCUCGGCCGCGCUCCGGGGCAGAGAACAGCGGCACAGCUCGCUCCGGGAUGCGCUCAAGGUCACUGCCGGGCCAGACGCGUCCCCAGCCCCGCGGCUCCGGCCAAGGGGCCUCACACCAACCCCCUGCCCCACCCCGCUCUACGUGCACCCGCCGCCCCCUCUCUCCCACCGCCGCCCUCCCGUCCAGCCGCGCAGCCUCCACACCUGCCCGGACCCCGCUCAGCCGCCGCCGCCCGCGCCGGGCCGGGCCGGGCCGGGCCGGGCCACCACCGUCAGGCCCUGCCGCACCGCUGCUGGCCCAGGCCAGGCCUCUCCCCGGCCCGCCGCAGGCCCGGCCCCGGCAGCCGCUCACCUCAGGCCGGCGGGACGGAGCCCCGGCGAGCCCCCGGCCGGGCCGGCCCCGCCGCCCCAUGGCCGCUCCCCGGCCGGAAGUCACCGGCGGCGUCAGCACCCGAGCGCCGCCGCCAUCUUGGGACCGGGCAGAGGUCACACCGGAAGUGCUCACACACUUCCGGCCCGGAGUAAAGAGGGCGGCGGGGGGAGCGCGCCUUAA